CAAAAAGACUUGCUCAAGUUAGAGCUUGCAAAAGACUAUGUCAAUUUUUAUAGCCAUAUACAACUACAAAAUCUAGGAACUUUAGUAUUACAUGAAUCAUUUGAUAAAGAUGACUCUUGA